AUGGAAAAGGAUCAUCUGGUUGAAGAAGAAAAAAAAGAUAAGGUAGAGUCUGAGAAACCAGAAGAAGGGGUAACAGUACCGAAGGUCGAAUCAAAUGAUGAUAUACAUCAAACGGACACACCAAAGGUAGAUUCUACUACAUCUGAAGGAAAGCUUAAAGAUCCUGUGGCGGUAGAAAGACCCAGCAUAAAUUCCACAAACACAUCUUCAAGUGGUGGCUUUGGUAAUACGGUAAAUGACCUGUCACAGCCAUCUACCAGGCCCGUAACUACUGCAGAGACAAGCACAAAUUCGAAUCUACCCUGGGAUGGCAAUCAAGCUAAUAGAAACUUAAAUUCUCAGUCAUAUGAUCUGCGAGUUCAUCUGCUGAAAUCCUUAGGAAUUGAGGAUAUAUCAAGAAUAGACAUAGCGGAUAAUAAACUGCUGGAACGAUUUUUCAGUCUACAUAUAGAGAGGGAGCAGAAAGAGAUAGAAAAAUUAAAGACCAAGAACUUGGAAAAGCUAGAACUAAUAGUCGAUAAGUUUGUUAGUAAUGAGAAAUUCACAAAUGAUACCCUGAACAAACUUCUCGAACUUAUUUCUUCGAAAUCUAUAGACAGCCAUGAUUUACUUGGUUCUUCUAGUAUUCAGUUGAAACGUACAGAACAUUCUCCAAAUCGAUUAAUGAGUCCCAGAGGGCAUAAGAGAUAUAAAUCGGAGAUCCCAACAGUCCCAGAAACUCAAUAUUCUCAUAUUAACUAUAACAUCCAUGGUCAACCUGUGAAUAUGGUUUAUCAUCAAGCCUAUCAACAGGUUACUCCUCAGACGUACUAUGUGCCUCAAGGCAAUCAAGCCUGGCACCAAGGGAGCUACACUCAAGGGAAUAGAGCUACUUUCCAGCCACCUAGUUUGGCCAACAGCAAUAUCAAUAAUUCCGAAGAUGUGAAACUACAAGAAGGUGUGAAAGUUGAGCCAAGUGGACGUGCAAGACAACGAUCUUCCACUUCGUUAGGUGCUAGUCUUUCUACGUCGAAUUCGACAUCAAAUCUCAGCAAUACAAUGAAAGCAGCUACGGCUAAUGAAGGUAAGGAUACUGGCAGUAAUGAUGGCCACCAUACUGGUAGUUACGGUGCAAGUAACGCAUCCAACGUGAUGCCAUCACAGGUUAACAACCCGAACUAUAUGACAUAUGGCAGUGUUAGAGGAGGCCCAUAUGUUAUGGUUCAACAACCACCCGGCCAACAGAUGGCAACACAAUACAUACCCGCGGGAAAUCAGGGGUUUUACCAAUCAGUGGUUCCUAACCAAGGGCACAUGAAUGGCAUGGUCGCAAGUUCGCAGGGAUACCAGGCUAAUACUCCACAACCAGCGACUUCUGACAAUAUGGUUAUGCUAGGAAAUCAGUACAGAGGCAAUGAGACGUUGCAUCAGGAUGCCACUCCAUCGUUAAGCUCCUCAACCAGUCAAAAGAGACAAGGCCACAGACGGACGCAGAGUGCUAAUGUGGUCCUAUCAACUGGCAGGUCACCAAAUCGAAUGAACAUGCAGCGGCAGGUUAAUUUCCUGAUCCACACCCCAAAACACCCACCACCAACAUAG